UUUACUUGUAACAACAUUAGCAAAAGAAGCUAAUUAAUUUUUACAAGUAAAAUCUCUUAUGGAUGAUAAUGAUAAUACAGCUCCACUAGUUGAGAAGGUGGAGCAGUACUCAUCACUAGAAGAGAUAAUCGAGGAAUGUGUAGGCGAUUUCGGGUGGAUUCAGUUUCUGCAAGUUGUUCUUGUAUCUCUAGUCUGGAUGUUUGAUUCGCAACAGACAUUUAUCAGUAUCUUCACUGAUGCAGAGCCAUCAUGGCACUGUCUUCCAGGCUAUUCGUGCGCCUCAAACACUUGUUUUCUUCCAGAGAGUUCGUGGUCUUGGGAUAUGCCUCGACGUGCAUCUGUUGUCUCAGAGUGGUCUCUGGAGUGUGCUAGCUCACUCGUCACAGGCCUCCCCACUUCGUCGUUCUACUUGGGGACUCUUGUAGGCGGAUUUCUUUUGGUAUCGUUGGCUGAUUCAUCGUUUGGUAGAAAAAACACCAUGGUUUUGUCAUGCAUAGUCAUGUCAAUUUCUGGAUUACUCUCUGCUCUCUCCACCAAUAUAUGGAUGUACUCUGUCUUGAGGUUUGUUUCGGGUUUUGGCAAGGCCAUGAUGGGGACUUGCUCACUUGUGCUAUCUUCGGAGCUUGUUGGAAGAAAGUGGAGAGGCCAGACAGGAACAAUUGGCUUCUUCUUUUUCACACUAGGAUUUCUAUCUUUGCCAGGGAUAGCAUAUAUGAAUAGAGGAUCCUCAUGGAGAGUGAUGUAUUUAUGGACUUGCACUCCAGGCCUGGUCUACUGUUUGCUAGUAUAUCUCUUCGUCCAUGAGUCUCCUAGGUGGCUCUUUAUUCAUGGGCGGAAGGAAGAAUUUCUGAGAACCCUUAGACUUAUUGGUCCUAAGAAGAAAGGUGAUGUCUUAACCUUAGCUAGCAUUUCCAGUAUUUCAAUCACGAAAAACUCUGAGACGAUGAAUAUGUACUCCUCUCUAAAACUUUUGUUUGAGAGAAAAUGGGCGAUAAGGAGAUUAAUGGCUGCUAUGGUAGUUGGAUUUGGAGUUGGAAUAGUAUACUAUGGCCUGCCAUUAGGCGUUGGAAACUUGAAUUUCAGCAUGUAUUUGAGCACAGUUCUUAAUGCAUUGUCGGAAUUCCCAGCUACACUGAUAACUUAUUUCAUCAUAGGAAAAGCAAAAAGGAGAAAGGCGGUUUUAAUUUUAACCACACUGUGUUCGAUCAGCAGCUUGAUUUGUGUGAUCACGGGUUCAGGCAAGUGGAAAGGAGUUCAAAUUGCGAUGGAAUUAGUGUCUUUCUUCAGUGCAUGUACAGCAUUCGACGUGCUACUGAUCUACACACUAGAGUUGUUUCCGACUUGCAUUAGGAACUCGGGUGUAACGAUUGUGAGGCAAGUGAUCGUUGCUGGUGGUGCGGCGAGUCCUGUAUUGGUGGGGAGAGGAAAGGGCUUGGUUUCUUAUUUGGUGUUCGGAUUGGCGAUUGGGAUUUGUGGGGUGUUUGUAAUGUGGUUGCCAGAGACUAGAGGUGAGAUAAGUUGUGACACACUGGAUGAAGAGGAAACAAAGGAAUCCAGGAGAGCAUCCAGAGUGCCUGAUAAUGUUUUGGCCUGAGGAAAUCACCUUUAUUGUUUAGUUUGAUUGCUUUGGAAAACUAACGGAGAUGCUACGAAGAAAAUGCCUCCAAAGAAAAUAUUGUAAGAAGAUGCUGAGAGUGAUACAGAUGCAAGUGUUUGCUAAAAAAAAUGCAAGUGAAGAUUUUAAUUAGUGUAAUUAUAUAAACAUAAUAACUAAUCUAUUUAUUCAUGAUCAAUUAGAAUAAGGUGUCCUUUAAAAAGUGUGAACACCAAUUUAGGAUGGACAAAAUGUCUACUUCCUUUCAUCAUCUCCUUUCUUUAUUUUUUUUAUUUAUUAUGUAACACAUUUCAAAAUAAAAAUAAAAUAUAAUUUUAUAACUUAUUUUCAAA